AUGAGCAAUGACUGGUGGGAUCAACUGAUUAAGGCUUGUCCCGAUGCCUCAAAAGUUCGUCAAUAUCCACUACGUGAUAUUCCACUCCUUGAUAAUUUAUACAGUAAAGUUACAAUAUCGGUAAGUGAAGGAUGGCAACACCAGGACGGACCGAGUCAAUUGCCUCAAGAUACAGAACUUGAAGAAGAAGAAGAACUUGAAGAGAUACUAUCACCCAUCCGUAGACCUGAAGACAANCCGAAGACACACCAAACACAUGUCUNUGGNAAGUCUAAGGAGAAANCAGCCAAACCAAGAUCUUCGCGGAAAAGACCUAACUUGGAUCAUUGGGAUCGUAUCACAAGUACCCUAGAAAAUCAANAGAGGUUUUGGUCAGCGGGUCGGAAAACAUUUGACUCUUUUAACCCAUUUAGUAGUGCCAUAUGCACUGAAGAGUUGCUAAAAAUGUCUACUCUAGACCAUGAUGGCGAGUUGUAUUGGACGGCUCUUGAGUACCUGGCUGGAGANGAGAAUAGUCGNCAGAUUUUCUUAACUUUGCCGAAUGANGAGCAAAAGAUUAAGUAUCUAGAAAGAGUCACUGGAAAGAAGAACUAG